AUGGGAAUUUGCGAUGAGCCGAGACAAACAGCAUUCGCUCAGCAAGACCAAAUAGUCCUCGACAACGCACCCAAAAAGAACAUUGUCUUCAUCCUCACCGAUGACCAAGAUGCGGUCCUCGACUCGGUGGCUUACAUGCCGCGUUUGAAUAAGCACGUCAUAGACAAGGGAACCUCGUUUGUCAACCACUUUACGACUACAGCUAUUUGUUGUCCCUCGCGUGUUUCGCUGUGGACGGGGAAGCAGCCGCAUAACACCAAUGUCACAGACGUGAGCCCACCCUAUGGCGGGUUCCCCAAGUUUGUUUCUCAAGGCCUCAAUGAAAACUACCUCCCCAUCUGGCUACAAGAAGCAGGAUACAACACAUAUUACACUGGAAAGCUAUUCAACGCACACACAAUCAACAACUACAACUCGCCCUUUCCCGCUGGAUGGACGGGAACAAACUUUCUGCUCGAUCCAGGAACGUACUCGUACCUGAAUCCCAUCUACCAGCGUAACGAUGAGCCUCCAGUACAACACCAUGGAACUCACACUUUGGAUCUGAUUUCCAAGUAUGCACACGACUUGCUUGACGAGGCGAUUAGUUCAGACAAGCCCUUCUUUGUUGCCAUUGCCCCUGUUGCGCCGCAUUCGAAUAUUGAUGUCAACCGGGGUAGUGGCCCUCCUACCAUGACCAUCCCGAUCCCGGCCGAGAGACACUCCCACCUUUUUGAAGGAGUCAAGAUCCCUCGAACGGCAAACUUUAACCCCGACUCACCUAGCGGUGUGAGCUGGAUCCGCCAGCUGUCCCAGCUCAACGAGACGGCCGUGUCGUACUUAGACGACUACUACCGCGCUCGCCUCCAGGUUCUACAGGGAGUCGACGAGAUCGUGGAGCAGGUAAUCCACCAGCUGGACUCAGCCGGGCUCCUCGACGACACGUACGUGGUCUACAGCUCCGACAACGGGUUCCACCUUGGCCAGCACAGGCUGCCUCCCGGCAAGGAGUGCGGUUUCGACGAGGACAUUCGCGUGCCCCUUUUCAUCCGGGGCCCAGGCGUUUCCGCUGGCGCCGUGGAGACGGCCGUGACGACUCACAUCGACCUCGCCCCGACGCUGCUCAAGCUCGCUGGUGCGCGUCUCCGCAGUGACUUUGACGGGACGCCCAUCCCGGUGCUGCCCGGCCCGGGAACCAGGCGCCACGAGCAUGUUGCUGUAGAGUAUUGGGGGAUAGCUCUCGCUGAGGGAGAGAUCGGCGGUUUUGAUGGGAAGGGACAGAUUCUCAUGCCUAAUAAUACGUACAAGGGGGUUAGGAUAGCACAUGAGGACUAUGAUCUAUACUACUCGGCUUGGUGCAGCAAUGAGCACGAGCUCUACGAUCUCAAGACGGAUCCAGGACAACUGUACAACCUCUUCCCUGAGGAUGAUGACGUGACGGCCGAUGUGUCACUCCUAGGAAAGAGUACACGUCAGGUCAUAGACCGACUUGACGCCUUGAUGCUGGUUCUCAAGUCGUGCAAAGGAGAGUCGUGUAUCGAGCCCUGGAAGAUCCUCCAUCCAGAUGGCGACGUAGCAAGCUUGAAGGACGCCCUGGAUGACAAGUUUGACGAGUUUUACGAGCAGCAGGUCAAAGUCAGCUUCGACCGCUGCGAGGACGGGUAUCUGAUCGAUGCCGAGGGACCACAAGUCGGUUACCAGUACCGAGACGGCCUCGAGUGGCAUCACUGGACCUGA